CUCCAACGACAUCCUCAGCCACCUGGAAGAGAUGAAGGGGGUGAUCACCUCUACCUAUGGUAGAAUUCUGAAGAUGGACUCUACAAAGAAGAUCACCAAGAAGCUGGCUGGCAGUAGAGGGGACACCGCUGCAUGGAUGUCCAACAUCAGCAACGAGCUGGCCAGGCUCUGAACAGUGUUCUGACGACAGGUGAAGGUGCAGGGCUGGAAGAGUUGUGCCAGGGCAUCGUCACCCGAUCUGUUGACCGGGACUGCUGCAGCCAGUCAGUAUCAGCUCUGGUGAAAAGGCAAAGCACUGCAGGGGGAGGACCCUCAGCUCCCUGCUCGAAUCGAUGUGGGAGCUGACUGACACCAUGGGGCUGCGUCUAGUGAACCCUGACAGCAUGCAUCAUGUGUGGGAGGUGCAGCAGAAGCACCUGGAGUGCAUCCAGGACCCUGCAGGGGUGGAAUUGUACACAAAGACAGGGACACUGCGGAAGGGUGGCAAAGUCCUUGACGUCCUCAGGUGUGGGAGGGGGUCCUCCUCCCUCGAGAGUUUUCACCGCCACCAGUGUGCUUUUGUUCCAGGCUUUCGCUGCAAUGCAUUGCACGCACAAAUGUACAUGCUGGAGGGGGUAUCGAGGUGGAACAUGAACCGGGCAAAGAAAGCUGUAGCUGUGGUGGGGACAUCAACCCUGAGGACAUUUGAUGUUCGCUUGAUGUCUCACCUAAACAGCAUGAGCCAGCGGGUCCUUGGUUGUUCUCUGGUUCCAGAAUUCACCCCACCUGGAAAACCUACUGGCGAGCGCAUUGCAGUGGAGUACCUGUUGGUCCAGUCCAAUAGAGGCGACCUGCUGGUUCCACAGCAGCUGCCAGAGAUCUCCACAGAGGAGCUUGAGGAUGACGGGGGUGAACCCGACGUCACGGUGUGCCAGGUAGCUGACCUUAGGGUAGGUGAUCCUGAUCCCCCAAUAUGUGCCGUGGAAGCCCAGGUGACACUGGAGGGUGACAGUGGACCCAGAUCCCUGGAUGAGGACAUCAUUGUGGAGGAAGACGACACACAAGACAGCACAUCAGACCAGAAUAGCCAAAGUGACUCCAGAGGUGUCUUGGGCUGGGAUGCGGUUGAUGACCUGGCAGCCUACCUGGUUGGCCUGAACCGAAACAUCACUGCCUUGUCAUCAAAAGAGGAGGCUGACAUAGUCCAUCUUUACAUGGCUCUCCCUGCUAUGGACAAGGAACCUGUGAGGUUCGGCCAGAAAGUGAGAAAGAAGACCGUGGCAGGACCUUGGAGAGCGCCCAGGAAGCCAGGUGGCUCUGCUCCUGGACAGCAGGCGGCAGAGAGUUUCACUCCAUUUCAAUGUCGUCAAUGACUAAUAGUCAAUAAAGGAGCAAGAGGCUCAUUUUCCUGGCUCUUGAAAAAGGAGUUUGGCUCGCUGUUGAAUCUACGUUGACGCUAGGAAGCACUACACGUAGAGAGAACAGUACAGUGAAAAGUCAAUACCAUCAUAAAGAUUUAUGCUAACCAUGGAGACCCAAGCAGCAGAAAAUGCACCAUCAGUGUCCGGAUCCAGGCACUCGUCUGCCUCAAAGUGCUCAGUAACCGGCGCAGCAGCGAGAGCCAGAGGCACAGCUGAAGCCGCGCUCGCCAGAGCUGCGUUCUCACAGCAGGAGCCAGAAUUAAAGAUACAGAGAGCUAGAUUGGACCUGGAAAAGGCUACACUGGAAGCGAACUUGCAAGCACAGGAACUUGAAAAGGCAGCGGCUGCUGCCAAUGCAGAGGCUGAAGUGAUAGAGGCGGCAGCUGAGAUGGAGUAUGAGAACAUGCUCAGUCCCAAGAGCGCCUUAACACUACUGGAGGUACAGCAGCGGACGGAGCCGUAUGUGGCACAGCAUGCACAGGCCAGCCUCAACCCCAACGCUCCCCUUCCAGACAGAUCUCCUCUCAGUCUCAAAGAGUCACCACCAUCAAGACACACCUCUGAGUCAGAGCACCAUCCCCACCUCAUACUCUGACUCUCCAUCCAGAGUCUGUCAGCAGCAAGGCAAGCAUGUAGUCUUCCACGACCAUUCAGCUAGGAAUGCCACAAAGAGCCCUUUUCCUGUCAAUCGGGCUCCUGACAUGAUGGACUUCGCUAAGUAUCUGGCCCUCAGGGAGUUAGUUACUACAGGGCUAAAUACAUUUGACGAUCAGCCUGAAGGUUUUAGAGCAUGGCAGUCCUCCUUUUUUAAUGCUACUCAGGGCCUAGAGUUAACAGCCAGUGAAGAGCUAGACUUGCUCAUUAAAUGGCUGGGAAAGGAGUCUUAUUUCUUAUUUUUUCUUAUUUAUUAAGGAUUAGUCCCAUUAGUCUACACCAUGGUGUAGACUAUUCUUCCUGGGGUCCAGGCCAAAAAAAUAUUACAAUACAAUAUAAAUACAUAAAAUGCAGAACAGCAUGAUCAAUUAUCACAAAA